UCUAGAGCAGUGGAGACGCGUUCUCUGGAGUGACGAAUCGCGCUUCUCCAUCUGGCAAUCUGAUGGACGAGUCUGGGUUUGGCGGUUGCCAGGAGAACGGUACUUGUCUGACUGCAUUGUGCCAAGUGUAAAGUUUGGUGGAGGGGGGAUUAUGGUGUGGGGUUGUUUUUCAGGAGCUGGGCUCGGCCCCUUAGUUCCAGUGAAAGGAACUCUGAAUGCUUCAGCAUACCAAGACAUUUUGGACAAUUCCAUGUUCCCAACUUUGUGGGAACAGUUUGGAGCUGGGAGCUAGGAGCCCCUUCCUCUUCCAACAUGACUGUGCACCAGUGACCAAAGCAAGGUCCAUAAAGACAUGGAUGACAGAGUCUGGUGUGGAUGAACUUGACUGGCCUGCACAGAGUCCUGACCUCAACCCGAUAGAACACCUUUGGGAUGAAUUAGAGCGGAGACUGAGAGCCAGGCCUUCUUGUCCAACAUCAGUGUGUGACCUCACAAAUGCGCUUCUGGAAGAAUGGUCAAAAAUUCCCAUAAACACACUCCUAAACCUUGUGGACAGCCUUCCCAGAAGAGUUGAAGCUGUUAUAGCUGCAAAGGGUGGACCGACGUCAUAUUGAACCCUAUGGAUUAGGAAUGGGAUGUCACUUAAGUUCAUAUGCGAGUCAAGGUAGGUGAGCGAAUACUUUUGGCAAUAUAGUGUAUAUAUAUACACACUAGGGCUGCACGAUAACAGGAAAAAUGAUAAUCACGAUUAUUUUGCUCAAAAUUUUAAUCACAAUUAAUGAUCACGAUUAUUGAUGAUCACGAUCACGAUUUUAUAUAUAUAUAUAAUAUGUAAAGCUUCUUUAUCAACAAGCAAUCAUAGCUAUAAAGUCAAUCAAACUUGGGGGCGUGAACAAUUUCUAAGCUAUAAAAAUACUAGAGCUGGCUUAGGCUAUCAUUUUUUUCUUUUAAAUUUGUAUUGUUACUGCCUUACAAAGGCAACUCCCAAUAUGAGAUAUUUUUAAAUAUUUUUAAAACUUUUUUAAAUGUAUCCAUGAAUCUGUCUGAUCGCUGUGAGCAUUUCUCCUGUCCAGAGAGAUCUGUAUCUCCUGCAGUUUAUAUCUUACUGUACGUGUGUUCAGCUGCUGUGGUUCUGCUAACAGUGUGUGGAAAUCUGCUGGUCAUCAUCUCUGUUCUUCACUUCAAGCAGCUUCACACACCAACCAACAUGCUGGUGCUCUCUCUGGCUGUGUCGGAUUUCUUCAUUGGUGGUUUUGUGAUGCCGUCAAUGUUCAUCUGGACAAUUGAGUCAUGCUGGAUUUUUGGGAGAGAUUUCUGCACAAUUUUUUGGUUAAUUUGUGGUUUUCUAUUAAUUUUGUCAAUCUAUAAUAUCGCUCUGAUUGCUGUGGAUCGGUAUUUGGCUCUCUCAAACCCCUUUCUCUACAUGAACAGAGUCUCUGUGAGGAUCACUUAUGUUGUAAUUGUUUUUGACUGGUGUGUGUCAGUGGCCUAUAAUAUAGCAUUCAUGUAUUUCAAUGGAAACUUCGCAAUUUCUGUAAUGUGUCCUGGAGAAUGUUUUAUCAUUGUGAAUGAGGUUUGGUCUGUAAUUGAUCUUGGAUUUUCAUUUAUAUUUCCACUUUCUGUCAUAAUCAUAUUGUAUACUCUAGUGUUUGUGAUUGCUAAGAAACAUGCCACUGCUAUCAGAGAGCUUAAUAAUCACACACGGCCUAAAACACAGAAAAUCACCUCACACUCCAUGAAAUCUGAGAGAAAAGCAGCUAAAGUCCUCGGCAUUUUAGUGUCUGUGUUUCUGGUGUGUUUACUUCCAUAUUUUAUUUACAGUUUAUUAGGUGAUUUUAAAGAAUUACAGACAGAAACCUUUCAGAAAGUUGUGAUCAUUAUUUAUCUUAAUUCUACCAUUAAUCCAGUUAUUUAUGCUCUGUUUUACCCGUGGUUCAGGAGGUGCAUUAAAUUAAUCGUAACUCUGCAGAUAUUUCAAACAGACUCUGCAUUAAUCAAUGUUCUUUCAUGAAAAACCUUUUCACUCCUUGUGAUAAUGUACCUACAGUACAUUUUGUUUUAAUUAUAAAUUGAAAUAACACAUUUGAAUAUUUACAGGAAAAUGAACAUUUGCAUGGGGGAUUGUUUACCAGUCAGCGCAUGAUUUUAAACCAUAUUCUCUCCAAAACAGUGAACCGGUAAGGCAAGUCAUUGACUUUAGGAAGAUGGUGGAUGAUUCUACAUCAAUACUCUCAAAUUUACAGUAAUGCUUAAAAAAGCCAUAGCUGAAUCACUGACUGAAAAACAGGCUUAAUUUCCUAGUAGUUGAGAUAAUAAUUUAGUUGUGUAAAGCACUAUAGGGGUAUGAGUAAAAGCAAAAUCAUUUACUUGCCUCAGAUCUUGUUCAAAAUUUACAAAAUGCCAUGCCCCAGAAGACCUCAAGACAGGAAGUAAGUUGGAAAGUAAUAAAUAAGAGCUUAAUUUUGUUUGUGGUAUAUAAUGUGAAACAUUUUAAUAUGGAUAUCUGAGGAGAGAUUAUAGUGUCUUUCUUUUUCUUUUUUUUAGUCUUAAUAAUAACACCCUCAUCUCUGUGUGUCUAUAUUUCACAUUCCCAAUACCAUUUCUCUGAACAAAAAUAAUCUCUAAGAGUACUGUCAUUGUCUUUAAUUGGUGUGUGUCUCAAGAUGAACUGCUUGAGUUUUUUAAUCUGUUUUGGGUCUGGGAUUUUAGUAUAUUUAUUCCAUAUAGAUAGGUUUUGUCUUAAUUCCAACAUUGAUCUAUUUAGUUUUUAAUAUUCUGCUUUACUGAGGGUUUAGGAGAUGCAUUAACUGAGCUAUGAAUCUGCAUAUAAUCCAUGUGAACUCUGCAUUAAUAAAUGAUUUAUUGUUAAUAAAAAUUUCUAUCCUUAGUUCCUCUAACCAUAGCUUCUUUUUCUAAUUAUGGCCAAAUCUUCUUAUUAUAUUGAUUAUUUAAAAUUCUGUAGCAAAUCAAACUCUCUGCUUAUUGUAUUAUAUUGCAUGAUUUCAUACAGUAAAUGCCAAGAAAUUUAAAGAUAAUCAUAUUAAAUAAGAUUAACUUAUUCUAUUUAUU